AAGUUGGUCAAUAAAAGAGGCCAAAGGCUCUCAUCACUUUAUCCUCAAGCACUACUUCUACUACAAAUAGGAAACCCCAUCAAUGCCCAUCGCAUGCCAAUUGCCAAAGACCAAACAAUAGUAUCCAAGUAUGUCUUCAUCGCUGUCUCUACUACACUUUCUUCUCUUGCUCUCACUUUCAUUCCUAGCUCAAGCUAUUGUCCCUCCCUCCGCUCAGUUCAAGUUCGUCAAUGAAGGCGAGUUUGGGCCUUACAUUGUCGAGUAUGAUGGCAAUUACCGGCUCACCAGCAUCGGCAAUGCCGUGUUCCAUAUAUGCUUCUACAACACCACUCCCAAUGCUUUCACAUUGGCCCUGAGGAUGGCCUCACAUCGGUCCGAGUCACUCUUCCGCUGGGUAUGGGAGGCCAACCGGGGCAACCCGGUCCGCGAGAAUGCGACCUUCGCGCUCGGGGGUGACGGAAACCUUGUCCUAGCAGACGCCGAUGGCCGAGUGGCAUGGCAAUCGCACACUGCCAAAAAAGGUGUCGUUGGGCUUAAAUUGCUCCCCAAUGGCAACAUGGUCCUCCAUGACUCCAAGGGCAAUUUCGUGUGGCAAAGCUUCGACUCGCCUACGGACACCCUCCUUGUGGGCCAGUCCCUACGGGUUGGGGCGGUGAGCAAGCUUGUGAGCAGAGCCUCUGAGAAGGACAACUCCAAUGGGCCUUAUAGCCUGGUGAUUGAGCCUAAGCAAUUGUCCCUCUACUACACAAGCAAGAACUCCCCAAAGCCGCUCCUCUACUACACAUUUGGACAACACAUGUACCUCGCCGACGGGUCGCUCGCCCAAGUGACCCUCGACAGCAGGUCGGAGACCCUCGACGGCUCCAUCUAUGACAUCAUUUUAAAAUACGUGGUGGCCAACAAAACGAGCGGUGACGGGCUCAUAUUGCGCCGGCCCAAAUAUAAUUCCACACUGACCAUACUCAGGCUUGGGACUGACGGCAACCUUCAGGCCUACACUUACUAUCACAUGACAGACUACAUGUGGGCAUGGGACGUCACAUUCUCUCUCUUCUCUCAGGAUGGGAGAUGGGAGACCCAAUGCCAAUUGCCUAGCCGGUGCGGGAACUUCGGGCUUUGUAUGGACAGCCAGUGCGUGGCAUGCCCGUCGGCCCACGGGCUUUUGGGCUGGAGCAAGAGCUGUGCACCGCCGAAAGUCACGAGCUGUCGGCCUGGAGACUUUAGCUACUACAAGCUGGCUGGGGUGGACCAUUUCCUGAGCAAGUACACGAAGGGUGAAGGGCCGAUGAAGGAGGGGGAUUGUCGGGGCAAGUGCAACAAGGACUGCAAGUGCUUAGGUUAUUUCUACAACCAAGAGACUUCUCGGUGUUGGAUCGCUUAUGAGCUCAAGACGCUGACCAAGGUCGCUAAUUCCACGCACGUGGGCUACAUCAAAGUGCCCAAGAAAUAAGUCUCGACUCUUGCGUUCUUUUCUUGUUCUUUGUUUUGUGCUUUUGUGGUAUCCCCAAAAAAGCGAGAAUGAUGAAGCUUUUCUACUACUUCUGUGCUUUUUAGUUUCUCAUUAUGAUGCAACAUGUUGAGUGAAUUAUAAUGUUGGCACAGUUAUAUCCCCAAAGUGUUUCAUUCUAUUAAAA